AUGUUGGAUAGAGUUGAAAAGUUUCAAAAAGCAUUUCAACGACUAGAGGAUGAAGAUUCGGGAUAUGAUAAAAGCGUUAAAGAGGAUGAUAGUAAGGAUGAUGAUGGUGUUAGUGAGUUUAGUAAAGGAGGGGCAUCCAAGUUGGAGUCUCCAACCAAGGAUGAUUGGGAUAAGAGUGGAUUAUUUGUUAAAUUUCAAAAACUUUUUUACGAUAUAACAUUGCGUUUCUCGGGGGCCAAUUAUGUGAUCACUUGCAACUAUUUUGUAUUUGAGCUAGCGACAAUUCAAGCUCAUUUUGUUUUGAAAGAAUAUAUGAAGAUAAUAGGUCGAAAAGUUCUUAUGUUAGUUGAUCGGGUUAAAGAUGCAUUGACUUAUUUAUACGAUAGUUAUUGUGAAAAUGACGGAAAUGAUCUUAAGGCACAAGAUCAAACUAUGAGCCAAUUAAGCCAAGGAGGGGUUAGUACUAUAAGUUCAACUGCUGGGGUUAACUCCAUUAGAUACUGCGCGCUUUCAAGAGUUGCGCAGGAUGUUCUUGCAGUUCCGAUAUCUAUAAUAGCCUCUGAGUCAGCUUUUAACACAGCAAGUCGAGUAUUUGAUCCUUUCCGCAGUAACCUAUCUCCACUUAUGGUAGAAGCCCGCAUCUGUACACAAAAUUGGCUCCAUUCUUCUUCUGUCCCAAUUUACAUUUGCACUUUAAUGGAUGAUGUUGAGGAGUUUGAGAAAUUUGAUACUGAGCUCAUGGAAGAUCUAGGGAGUUCUUCAAGACCUAUUUCUUCGAUUGGAGAUGAUCAAAUUUAA